GCUCAUGAUGAAAUCUGUCCAAAGUACCCGAUGAUCUGUGAAGGCUGCGCAAAGAAAAAGAUCCCCCGUGAAAAGUAUGUGGACCAUAUUAAGUUCUGCAGUAAAUUUAAAACACCAUGCAGAUUUCAUGUUGUUGGCUGCGAUACGUCUGUGGAGAAAGAGAAGAUCCAUGACCACGAGCGGCAGUGUUCAUACGAGCACCUCAACCUGCUUCUACAUUUCAUCAUGGGGAUCAAGGUGAGUCUGGAGAGCCUGCACCCACAGACCCUCGAGGUGGCCAGCCAGAAGCUGCAGGGGCUCCACCAGUCCCUCAGAGAGCUGGAGCUGAAGAUGAGCCAGCUUGGUGGGGGCGGCCCAGCUCCCGUGCAGGGUGCCUGCGCUCUCACCCUGGCCACGUCCUUUACCCCGCUCCCCAGCGCCUUGGGUGCCGCCCUGGAGCUGCAGCUCCAGAGUGAGAAGACCAAGGUGGCCGAGCUGAGCCGACGCUGCCAGGAGCUGGAGCUGAAGGUGAACACGUUUGAAAACAUUGUCUGCGUCCUGAACCGAGAGAUGGAGCGCUCCUGUACCACCAUGGAGGCCUACAACCGCCAACACAGACUGGACCAGGACAAGAUAGAGAUUCUCAACAACAAGGUUCGUCAGCUGGAAAGGACAGUAAGCCUGAGGGACCUGUCCAUCGUGGAGAUGGAGGGGAAGAUGAGGGAGAUGUCUGCAGCCACCUACGACGGCGUCUUUAUCUGGAAGAUCUCCGAUUUCACCAAGAAGAGGCAGGAUGCCGUGGCGGGCCGUGCUCCUGCCAUGUUCUCCCCUGCAUUUUAUACGAGCAAAUACGGCUACAAGAUGUGCUUACGAAUCUACCUGAACGGUGACGGGACGGGCCGAGGCACACACCUGUCUCUGUUCUUUGUGGUGAUGAGAGGACACAGCGACGCACUCCUUAAGUGGCCUUUCAAUCAGAAGGUUACGCUCAUGCUGCUCGACCAGAACAACAGGGAGCACAUAAUCGAUGCCUUCCGGCCCGACAUCUCAUCCUCGUCCUUCCAGAGGCCCGUCAGCGACAUGAACAUCGCCAGCGGCUGCCCGCUCUUCUGUCCCCUGUCCAAGCUGGACUCUAAAAACUCCUACAUACGUGAUGACACCAUCUUUAUAAAGGCUAUUGUAGACCUCACUGGGCUCUAGAGAAAAACGUAAGAGCAGAAAUCCAACUUUGCCUUUUGUUGCAACUAACCUGUUUCUUUGUCUUAACAGUACCUGGCAUUUCUCUCGGGAGCGUGUCCGAAUCUUUUGGUUUUGGGAUCAGUUGUUGGUGACAAUAUGCAAGCUGUCAUUUCUGUUUGUGGCUAAUUUCAUUUCUUCAGUCCCUUACAUUACCAACCAGAAGGAGCUUUUAUGCAUCAAAGCCGUUGACCUUUCACCAAAGUGACUGGAGAAGUGAACAGAAGUUAAACACAGCGUUUUUACUAACCAAGGCAUUCCAACAUCUGUGUCGUAUCAUAUGUGCCAAACUAGCCAACUCUGACCGUGUCAUCGCUCUACCAUCCGCAUCUUCUAGCUUCUGGUGCUACAGACGGGGCUCGUCCUCCAGUUUUCAAGAAAGCUUUCCUGUAGGCACUAGAUAAAGCUCUUGUUGUUACUAGUUGUCACCCAGAAAAUGGGACCCUACUAACCGCUAGGAUAACUAACACACACGCGAGAACCCUUAAAGCAUUCGGCUUGUUGCGUCUUGUUCCAUCGUCCCCGGGAUAUGCAUUAAGAUCUUUUUCUCGUUCCAAAGGUUUCCCACUGUGCUAACAAUCUGGUUUGUGAUUUAUUGAAGGGUUUUAUACAGCUGUAGUCUGAAUGAAUGAAAGCAAGAACAUUGCAGGUAAUAAAAGCCAAACAGUUUGCAGGUCUAGGUCCCAGAUAUGGAUCCGAGGCGUUUUAGAACGGCCAACUCUCCAUACAGAGUCCCAGUCAGAUGCAUCUUUGUAAUCAGCGCCAUGUAUGUGUUUGUAAACUCGGUAGCUUUAAAGUGCAGUGAAUGAAGUAUGUUUCAUCAGUAUUAUGUGGUCUAAUUAAGUUUGGUGAUUGUGAAGCACUAACAGCAACAGGGCUGCAGUCUCUGGUUUUUCCUAACAUGGUGUUAGCUUGGUUCACUUAAACUGCCGUGUUGAUCUGACAACCAUGUCAGAUCAACACACGCAUAGUUUUAUUUACUUUUAAAAAUACUGUAAGUCUGACCUGACAGCUAUGGUCUUCAAGUAACCGGUUUUUCCUGCUGAUCCGUUUUUCACGCGGGGCCAACUUACUCUCUGUUUUGGUAUGACUUGUUGACAAUUCUGCAACUUAACGUAUUUUAAUGGUUUUGCAGUUAUUGGUGCCGGCAGAACCUACAGAAUAGGUUGUUCUCUUGCUUCAUGAGUCCAGCCCUGUGCUUUGCAGGUGGUACGAUGUAGUGACAGGGAUGCUAGCUAUGCUGUCCCUGACAGCGGGGGGUAUCUGAGUACAACACAGACACACUGGGAGCUGGGAUCCGCCAUCAUAGUCUCUUUUUCAUUCCUGGAUAUUAAUGUAAAGGAUGCACUGUCAGGGUAAGCCCACAAAAUUGGCUCCACAAAAGCAGCCAAAGCAAUUUAAACACCAAACUAAGGACCCAGAAGGUCCACUUUGAAUGUGAGGUUUGUGCACAAGCUGACCAGAGCGUGCAUGUCAGGAGUCGGAACCAGAGGGCAAGUUGGGUUUGGAAUUUGUUCAUUUUAAUAACGACCAGAAGAAAGCAAAAAAGUGGAAAAUUAAAAGGUGUAGGCUGGUGCUUGUAUAGCCCCUGCCCAGUAACAUAUUUAGUUAGACAUCACAGUUAACAAGAUAAUAAUAUACACAACCAUUUACUUUCAUUUCCAAAUAAAGUCCAUGUUAAGGUUUAUCAAAUUGGAGGGUUUUUCUCAUUUUUGCAUGUGUUUUGGUGUGAAAACACAACAGACCUUGAUGUCAUCCAGGCAAUAGUUCCACAGUUUGACGCCUGGGGCACCUUAGACUUGUCUGAACCUUUGGUGCAGGGAUUUCCCAGGUUCCUGUCGUGUGGCACAGUGUACAUGUUGGUGUUUCUGGUAAACGUCUAGGCUAGAUUGAUGCAAAAAGUGAUUUUAUCAUCUUAAUUCCACCCAGGUCUAUGGAUAUUUGCUUUUUGCAUUUAAAAAAAAAUGCAGUGUAUAUUUAAACACAACACAGAGAGAUGUGUUUUAUAGCCUGCAGACAAAGCAAUAGAUCAGACAAGUCUCGUGUCUCUCUGUUGUUCUGUGCUGCCUAGCAUGGGGGGAAUGACAGAGAGACGCUCGUCUGUUUGAGAUUAUCACUCAGCUUUGCUCACCGUAGCGUUUCUCACUUACUUACUGUUCCAUAGUACCAACGUGUCCGGCUCUGCUGCUUUUAUGUUCGUUGGGAAUCAUUUGUGGCCGUGAACAUCACUUGAAUCCCGCGGGUUCUGCCUGCUCUAGUUCAGUUAGCAUUUCUCUGUGUGUGGAUGUUGCAGUUCACUUUCAUUUACUGCUAGUUGCUGUCUUAGUUUAUCUAAGCAGCUGCACUGAUGCCUGCAACCGUUUCUGGAACUGCUUGCCACCUGUAUAUUGCCAGCAUUGGACUGUAUGUGGGGAAACAUCCAAUUUUAUUCUGACUUUAUCUGCUUAGAGGUUCCAGUAACUUUAGUGCGUAUCUUAUGACCUUUUUUUUCCAGCGUCUGUUGGCAGUUCUAUCAAAAAAAAAAAAGGUGCUAUAGGAGAUUCAGUUCUUCAACAUUUUUAAGACCGCUAACUCAGAUUAGCCUAUGGCAAGUGUUGUCUCUACAGGGUAUUUAAGAGGGAUUCAUGUUUGGUUUAAAGAACAGUACUUUGACUCUGAUUCCUUUAGCCCUCUAAGAAGAAAGAUUGUUUGAUAAAAUCCCAAAUGUUCUCCCAGAUGCAUAAAAAUUGAGAGGCAUAAAUUGUAAGUUGCGAGUAAAUAAAUAUGCGUCUCCAUGCAGCUACGCACUAAUUAAACAGUUGCUAAAAUUGACAAAAUCAAGCAUCACACAAAACUUACACUAAAGGGUGAGUGUGUGUUGCGGCGCAUCAAGUGGUGUAAAACAGUUAUUACUCGUUUGAAAUUACUUAAAGGGAUAAUUUGGAUUAUUGCAGUGGGGUUCUGCUGAGAAGUUACCAACCGCAGGAAGCCAUUUUAGCAACUUUAUUUUCUAUAAAAAUGCGUUAGUUGUUCCAAGAAGCUAAGCUAAACAUCUAAUCAGAGCAGAACCAAGUGGUGGACUGUGGUCCAUAAACAGAACUCCCCACGAUGUCCAAUCAAAAGGAUUCCUACCCAUUGAACGUUGACUUUAUUGGCAUGUUACACCUACAAACCUCACUGGAUUUUAUUGGGAUUUUACACGAUAGACCAAGACAGAGUAAAGAAUAGUAAAGCAUCGCUCUCUUUAGUCUCUGCUACAUUUCAAGGACUUUACACUGCAAUUCUUUGGUGUUCCUCUGAGGUGGGUAGCGGGGCCCUUUUGGUACGGGCGACCUGGGUUCAAAUCCCAGUGGUGUCAGGAUCUGGCGUAAAAAACGGCCUUUGAUCAAGGGAGCAACUGAAAGGACUCUGUUACACACAAUAAAGGGAGAAAGGGAGUUAGUUAUCUACUGCUGAUGGAGCCUAUCAACAGAGCCCCACAUUUUUCUCUGAAUUAUUCCUUUAUUGAAAAGAGAAAAAGACAAACAACAUGUAAAAGAUUCAAACUUUCACAAAAAGACAAAAGGAAAAUACAAAGUGGAGCCAAAAUAACCAGAGAGAUGACUUCAGAGAUCCAGAACAAACGUAGACUGCAGGCUGAGCUUUAUUGACAUUAUUCAGUACUGAUAUUAUUUAAAUUCUUCCAAUAAAAUUUAUAUACAAUUAUAUUUUGUUGUUUCAAAGGAAACAGCGUAUACGGUGGGAUAAAAAGGUGUUUGCCACCUUCCUGAAUUCUCCUGGUGGCGAGUUUCUUUUUGUUGUUGUUGCUGUUGUCACAUUUACACGUUUCCGAACUUCAAACUGGUUUUAAUAUCAGAUAGGUAACCUGAAUAAAAAUCAAAAGCAGUUUUCCAAUGGUGACGUCAUUUUCUAAGGUCCAAAAGCUAUUCAAACCAACCUUGCCCCAUGUAACAAAGUAAGUGCUCCCUAAAUCUAAUAACUGGUUGUGCCGCCCCUUGGAAGCAAAAGCUGCCAUCAAGGGUCUGACUCUUCAAAACUUCGAUGACAAUGAAUCUGUUACCCAGAAGGAUUUCUGACCCGGUCUACACUGGAUGGUUGGUGACCUGGCAUACUACAGUCAGAUUUAAAUCAUUUUUUUAAACCAAGGCAACUUGCUGGUGUGUUUUGGCUCAUUGUUGCAUAGCCAUGUGUGUUUGAGUUGCACUAGCCCCUAAGGCAACAGGAAGCAGCUCCAAUCAUCACACCACCACCACCAACACCACCAUUUGACUGUAUGGUUUUAUUCUUGCGUCAGUUAUAACAGGAGACUAGCCUUCCAGAAACAUCCACUUCUGUCUCAUCAGUCCAUCAGGAUAUUUCCCCAAACAUCUCGGGGAUCAUUGAGAUGAGUGUGGUUUGUGCAGCUGAACCACAAAAUGUGGUUAAUCACUGUUGAUUCACAAUUAAAAAGGAGUUAAAUAUGGUCUUUUAUUGUUGGGCCAGGUUGAUUUGGAUUGCUUUUUUUCCUCUUAACAAUUGAAAGCAUCACGGGAAAACUGCUUUUUGUAUUUCCUCUGGCUCUCUGUGAAAUAUCAAAAUCUUUUCUUCAUCUUUUUAACCAACCUGUUUUACUAGAAAAACAAGUGCCUGUAUUUAUGUUGUAUAACCUUGACAAUGUUUCAUUGUGCUAUAGUGUAUGAGUAAACAUAAAAGUAUAUUAUGAAGGUCUUUCAUUUGGAUUUUAGAACAUUAUCUUUCAUAAUUGUAUUGUCUUUAAAAAAAAGAAAAAAGAAGUAUUUACUACACGUUCUAAAAUGUUUGGUGACCCAGAAUGUUUUCUUUGCGUGCAGAAAAUGGUGAAUGUUUUGGAGUGUUUACUGGGGGGAAAACGGAGGUCAGAAGCUGACAAACCAGCAGCUUUUGGCAUCUUGACCCAAAUGCCUCCAGCAUGCUUUUAAACCUCUCAACGUAUACCGAUCCAUCUCUGUGCAUGAGAGGUUUCGGUAGGAGACGAUGCAUAUAUCAAGCACUGGCUCACAUUGUAGGCCGGGUUUUUAAUUUCUUUUUAUGAUUUCACUAUUGUAUAUUAUACAACAUAUGAGGGCGGUAUUGUGACCCUUUUUUUGAACCUGAGGGGGUGUCAGAAAGCUAAACAUAUCUGAAUAAUGCAUAGAUAAUAUUUAUUGAUUAAAAAAGUCUGACGUUGAGACUGUUUAAAAGCAUGCGUUGGCUCGUUUGGCUGAUUUCUGUCACGUUGCAUCUCCACUGGGACCUCAGCUUGCUGCAGCCUUUUCCCGUUCCGUUCUUUUCUGAAACAUAUGUCUUGUAUUUUUGCACGUAUGGUGGUCCACAUUUUUGCACGCACAGCAGCCUCAAACGAAGCUCCAUUUCUUCCUGCCUACAGUGUGUUCUGGUAGCAGCAGUAGUCGGACAUUUCCCCCCCGCGAAGAAGCGGAUGUGAGCCUGGACUUCUGAUUUGUUUACAACAAAAGGGCUUCACAUUUCAUUGGCGUCCACUAAAUGUCACGCACAGGCUUGCGUACACGCUCCACCUGCUCAGAAGCAGAACCGUGAUAGCGGACCGGAUCUUCAGCUGGAAGAGAUGUCCCAUUUGAGCUGGCUGAUGUCUCCACGUGUCAGCGAUACGGACUCGUAGGAAGUGCCACACUGCCUCACUGUUUCUGCGACAGAAUAAACAAUGUUUUUGAUAAUUCCUGCUUCAGAAACUGAUACUAGUCACUUUGCGUUCCCUCCGCCUCUGUUCCUGUGGAUAUGGAUUCCUCCAACGGCCUUGCUGAGAUUAGGAUGAAGAGCCUUCAUCUGUAGCGGUGACAUCAGUCGUACUUGUUGUUCUUUCUGCUGCAUUCUGUGGAUAGAAAGUGGUGUGUUAGUUAACUCUUUGUACAAAAGAAAUUUUGUUCCCUAUUUGUAUUUUUGAUUUAAUAAAGAUUUUAAAAAUGCCCUCUA